GUGGAGUGCUCUCAAAUGGAGUGACAUGAACCUGGGUUUGAGACUUGGUUAAAGGGUAUUGAAUAGUUAAAGGGGAAAAUAGGAGGAGGAAACAUGUCAAAUGGAGUGACGUGUUCAAAUAAAAAUGUCAGUCUGUUUCACGUGUUUAACUUGAAUGUGGCCAUUGUCUUUGUGUUAAAAACGUCAAUUUAUUUGACUUUUUUAAAAAAGACGUGGGUUUGAGAAUUACUUUGAAAUUGACCAUUAUUUGAGACUUUUUUUUAAAUUCCAUGGAUGGGUCAAAAGCUCCAAUAGUUGUUUAUUUAAACCUCUUCAUCUCAAGUAACCUAGCUGAGCCUCUUAGUUUCUGUUACCAUCUAGUUGCUCAACUAAACAUGGACAGAGUCUCAAACACAAAGCCUCAUGCAGUUUGUGUACCAUUUCCUGCACAAGGACAUGUGAUACCAAUGAUGCAUCUAGCAAAGCUUCUACACUCAAGAGGCUUCUAUAUCACCUUUGUCAACACUGAGUUCAACCAUAGGCGACUUCUCCGGUCCAAAGGACCGGAGUGGGUUAAGGGCUUUGAUGAUUUCCAGUUCGAGACCAUACCUGAAGGACUGCCACCGUCCGACCGUGACGCCACCCAAGAUCCUCCGGCGCUUUGUGACUCCAUUAGAAAGAACUGCUUGGCUCCUUUUCGAGAUCUGUUGACCAAGCUUAAUUCAUCGGUGGAGGUGCCGCAGGUUACAUGCAUAGUUUCAGAUGGUAUCAUGAGCUUCGCCAUUAAGGCUGCUGAAGAAUUUGGCAUUCCUGAAGUUCAAUUUUGGACUCCUUCAGCUUGUGGCUUCAUGGGCUAUCUUCAAUACAGUGAACUGAUCAAACGAGGGAUUGUCCCAUUUAAAGAUGAAAGCUUCAAAAAUGAUGGCUCUCUUGAAACACCAAUAGAUUGGAUCCCUGGCAUGAGAAACAUCCGGCUUAAGGACAUCCCAUCCUUUAUUCAGACAACGGAUCCUGAUGACAUCUUGCUCAACUACACGAAAGAUGCAGCAGAAAACAGCUUGAAAGCUUCAGCAAUUAUCUUAAACACUUUCGAUGCACUGGAGCAUGAAGUUGUACAAGCAAUUGAAUCCAUUUUUCCUCAGAUUUACACCACAGGACCGCUUUCAUUGCUUGGCCAGGGCAACACUGAAAGUCCACUGAGUUCAUUUCGGCCAAGCUUGUGGCGAGAAGACACACAGUGUCUCCAAUGGCUUGAUAAACAAGAACCAAACUCGGUCGUCUAUGUGAAUUAUGGGAGUGUAACACUGAUGUCGGACCAGAACUUAAAAGAGUUUGCAUGGGGGCUUGCAAAUAGCAAGCAACCGUUUCUGUGGAUUGUUCGACCAGAUGUUGUGAUGGGUGAUUCAGCAAUCAUGCCCAAAGAAUUUCUUGAGGAGAUUAAGGAUAGAGGGUUGCUUACCAGUUGGUGCCCACAAGAUCAAGUGCUUUCCCAUCGAUCCGUUGCUGUUUUUCUCACUCACUGUGGAUGGAAUUCAACACUGGAGAGCAUAUGCGAAGGGGUGCCCGUGAUUUGCUGGCCUUUCUUCGCCGAACAGCAAACAAAUUGCAGAUAUGCAUGCACUGAGUGGGGAAUAGGAGUAGAGGUCAGCCAUGAUGUAAAGUGCGACGAAAUUGAAGCACUUGUUAAGGAAAUGUUGGAAGCUGACAAAGGGAAGAACAUGAGGAAACAGGCGUUGGAGUGGAAGAGGAAAGCAGAAGCAGCAAUAGAAGUUGGAGGUUCAUCUUACAAUAAUUUCGACAGAUUCAUCACAGAAGUUCUUCAUAACAGAGCAGCAAAAGAACAAAGUUAAGACAUUAGACUAAUGGUCUUCAAAUUUCUGAUUACCCGAUUUCUAGUCUAUCCUAUCUUACCCGACUCUAUUGUUGGGCUACUCGAAAGAAUCGGGCAGACCAACGGAUGAUUUUUUGGUAUUUUGUAAAAAAUCGGGUAAGAAUGCUGAAUAUCUACAAAAUUUUCAUAUGUUAAUCCCUAAAAAUUAAAAUCCAAGAAUCUAGAAAUCUUAAUGUUUUA